CGAACCAACUUGUAAUAAGAUGUUGUGUGGUUACGGUAACCAAAGGAGGUAUGAAGUAUAAAGUUCACGUUUGUUCACGGACUGAAAUACUCUACUCUACUCUACUCUUGUCUGAACUGAAGGGCAAGAAGAAUACCUGUCAGUGAGUGGUUCAGACGACUAGCUUUGAGUUCAUCAAGCCAGCAGGAUUGAGGUAUGAUGGCAAGGACACAAGCUUCAUUUGACUUCUGCCACAAUCCGCAUGCAGGCUCCCUCUUGCAGGGCUUGCAGGAACUGCGAUCAGACAACAGACUGCUUGAUGUCUCCCUUUGCGUCGCUGGAAAAGAGAUCCCGUGUCACCGAAAUGUUCUGGCUGCUUGCAGUGAAUACUUCUGUGCAAUGUUCUGCAAUGGACAUCGCGAGACCAAAGAGUAUAAAGUAACCAUUAACGAGGUCGACAGUAAUGCCUUGCAGCUUCUUGUGGACUAUGCAUACACAUCAAAAGUCACAAUCACAGAACACAAUGCUGUGGAACUUUUAGAAGGGGCCAACUUCUUCCAGAUCCAACCUGUGCGUGAUGCUUGUGUGACUUUCAUAUCCAACAAUCUGAGUUCUGACAACUGUCUGCAGAUGAUGCAUGUAGGUAACAUGCUGUCCUGUCCAGACCUGGAGAAGAAAGCAAGAUUAUGUGCCUUGAAGGAGUUUGCAGCAGUUAGUAAAACACCUGAGUUCCUUUCUUUGACAAAGGACCAGCUCAUCACACUUAUUUCAUCUGAUGACCUCAAUGCUUCAGAAGAAACAGUCUACACAGCAGUGAUGGCAUGGAUCAACCAUGACACUAGGGGGAGGAACCAGGAGAUGAAAGAGCUGAUGGAACUUGUCAGGUUUCCCUUCAUGGACAAGCUGUACUUCUUGGAGAAUGUGGAGAGUAACAACACUGUAUGCAAGACUUGCCAGGAUAUCGUCCUGGAAACUCGCAAGUACCAGCUGUUCCCUGGAGAGAUCCAGUCACCCCGCACCCGUCCCCGCCGUGCCAGUGGUCUGAAGGAGGCAGUAGUGAUCCUUGGAGGAAUGGAGAAGAAUAAUGAAGGGAGGCCAGUUUACUCUCACACCAUCACAAUGACAGACUCCAUGGAGCCAUCCAGCUCAAGCUGGGUGCCCAUGACCAGAAUGGAUAAGAGAAUAUGUCCCAACAACCCUGUGGCUGUUCUUGGCACAAGUGACAUUAUUGUGUCUCUUGACAAGGAAGUGUGGCUGUACCAACCAGAGCUGAACUCCUGGUCCAAACUUGCUGAGAUGAACUCAGAUCGAUAUUUUCAUGGCUUAGCAGUAUUACAAGGUAAAGUGUAUGCGAUUGGUGGUAGAAAUAACGUUCUUCCUGCUCUUUCAUCUGUAGAGGUCUAUGAUAGAAGGCAGCACAAGUGGACUGAAGGUGUACCUCUCCCACAGCCCAGGUAUGGUCAUGCCACUGCAGUGUUGGAUGACUACAUAUAUGUGAUGGGUGGGUUUGACAUUGAAAAGAAACGAACAUCUACAGUGUACCGCUUCAGCCCAGGGGACUCCCAGUGGCAACCACAGAGGGAUGCGCCUGUAGCAACCUGUACCUCAGCUUCAGUUCUCAAUGGUAGCAUCUAUGUCGCUGAACUACAGUCAUGUAUUUUCUGUUUUAAGCCUGAUGAUGAAGGUGGUCUCUGGAGUAAGGUAGCAUCAGGUGUUCCACCUUGCUGUGGAAUGACUGUCUUUGGUACAAAGCUCUAUAUCUGUGGAGGCAUGGGUAAAAGAAAUGGCGACGUGGAGGGGAGAACAGCAGUCAUGUGCCUAGAUCCAGAAACCCAGUCACUCAGCCAUGUAGGAACCAUGGACAAGGGUCUGUGUUGUCAUACUUGUGUCACCAUACUGAAGUGUUGCUAAUGCUCAAUUGACUGUACAAAGAAACAAGUCUUUUCUUUCAGUCUGAAUGUUCAUUGUACUUUUGACAAAAUAAAGUUGACACC